UCACAACAAACCGAGCAAACGUCAAACCGAACAAUCAUCGAUCCCGCGAGAGCAAAAUUGCGAAAUAAUUGUGAAUCUUUAGUGAAUUAAAUUACCCAUCAGGACCGUUUCCACUUACGCGAACUACUUCUUCGAGCGUCGCGCCGUUCUAUGGCAUCCAAAAUAGUGGCCACGGCUACGGUGCGCGCCGUAAAGAACCGCAAACUGCUGCCCGUCCGAGCGGCUUUAUCGCUGACACCGGCAGCCGUGAACAGGAUAAAGCAACUGUUGGAUGGGAAAAGUGAAUACAUCGGUCUGAAGGUGGGAGUGCGGCAGCGGGGCUGCAACGGACUAUCGUACACGCUAGACUAUGCAUCUGUGAAAGACAAAAUGGACGAGGAGGUUGUUCAGGAUGGGGUCAAGGUUUUAAUAGACAAGAAGGCUCAACUGUCGCUGUUAGGAACGGAGAUGGACUUUGUGCAGACAGACUUAUCCGCGGAGUUUGUGUUUAACAAUCCGAACAUCAAAGGCACAUGUGGCUGCGGUGAAUCGUUUAGCAUAUAAUCGAUGUGAGCCCACGGCUCGAAAUUAUCCCCCUAUCGAAUGCCUCGUUUAAAAAGGCUGAAAGCACGGUUCCAUCCCCGGAACCGCGAGGCUCGCGAUCCUUCGUAUAAGUUAGGGUGUUGCUUUAGGUUGUUUUUAUGCUAGUGUGAGCUUCACAAACUGUACAUACACAAAACUUAGUGCGAAAUAGUAGCUGUUGUAAUAAAUUUCUCGUUCGUUAGCUAGA